AUCAUACAGUAGGAUUUAAAACCCUGGCUGUCUUGGACCGUGCCAGUAUGAGAAGAGUGCAGUGUGUGUGUGUCUCAUAUAUAGAGUUAUGCAUAUGUGCGUGUGCUACAUGCAUCCCUGUGUCUGCAGGCAUCGCUCAUUUUGUAAUCUCAGUUGUGAAUCGGUUAGCAGUAUUCAGUUACAUCUCAGAUAGAAUAAAUGACUAGUUGCAUAUUUACUUCUUUUCUCCUUGAUUGGAAUCCAUCUUAAAUUGCAUGUGAUGGGGAGGAAGGGGGGAAAAGGGUGGCUGGGGAAAUGGUGUGGCUUCUGCACUCAAGUGGCCUAAAGGUCACCCCACAGUACAUAAUAUUCUUCUUAAUAAUUGCAUUGGCCAUAAGCCAGCAAAAUCCUACUACUUAUGUUGCAGUUUCUCACUAGGAAUAAUAAAGAUGGCAGCAGCCUCUUACCUGUCAGUGGCUGUGGCUCUGAUGCUGUUUUCUCUCUGUUCCAUUCCCUGUCCCCGAGCAGGUCUAUGGACUCUGGCCUGAGGAUGUCCUCCUGUCCAUCUGCCCAUAGGGCCUGCUGGCUCUGGGGUAUGUUUGAUUUCUUCCAGUCCUUCUACUGCCAGGAUCUCCUCUGUCUCUGCCAGUCUCUGUCCAUAAGUGCAUUUGCUCUUAAAACCCCAUCAGGCACAACAGGGGGCUGUUCCAUGCUUUGGGUAGUGUUGAGCAACUAGUCAAACUCUUUGUAGUAGUGGCAGGUUGAUAGUAAGUUUCUAGAUUUGUCGUUGCUAUUUUUUGUAGUGUGUGUUUUUUAUUCUCUGUACACUGACUUUCCCUCCAUAUAAUCCCCUCCUCUGCCAGACUCUUGGAGAUGCUCCUUUAGAGGUGUGAUUUUUGGUGUGUAUCUCAAAUUAUGGUGCUUACUACACUAACUGUUCAAGUAAGCUGUGUAGAAAUGCAGAAGACUGGGUGUAAUGUGUUUAUAAACUUGCCAGAUGUAGUAUAUAAACUAAUAGAUGAGUUCCAGUGCAGAGAAAAGGAGCAGGUACAGAGGCAGGAAAAUAUGACCCCUACAAAGCCGUUAGAGGACAGUCACCUGGGUUACAGCUGCCUUCGCAUGGGGGAUAGGUUCUAGCCCCUUCCCCCAACCCUAUCUUACAGUGAAUCGUGAGUUCUAACUUAUACCCCCAGCUGGGUAAGCAAGUCUGACAAAUCCAUAUAAAAGGCUUCUUAUGCAUGGAAGAGAGGCUUGGGCUAAAAUCAAGGUAAGAGUCUGGGCUAAAUGAGUAGAGUUAAGCCAGGUUCUUUCUUGUAUGUUGUCCCAGCUCCCCCAUCCCCUUCCAUCCACGCACACAAACAUCUCACCUGAGUCGUGCUUUCAGUCCAGGCCAGCUAGCAUGGCAGGGGGUAUAGGGAGUAGUGCCUGGGUUCUGGUUUCACUUGAGCUAGUAGUACUCCUCCUGUGCUGUGAGAAUGCAGACUAAAUCAUUUAGAGUGCUGAUAGUCCUCCAUUGUCUUCUCUCAGUUUCCUCCAGUGUGCCAAGGAGGACAGACAAAUUCUCCCACAGUUCACUGGGAAAGAAUCGGUUGCGCAGUUUACUGCAGCACAAAGAGCUAUGGGAUAUAUCUCCAGAAAGUCCUGAUGAUGCACAUGGGGGAGCGCACCAUAACUUGGCAAAACCAAAUAGGAAGUUGACAUUCCUAUACCUGGCCAACGAUGUCAUUCAGAACAGCAAAAGGAAAGGACCAGAAUUUACAAAAGACUUUGCACCAGUUAUAGUUGAGGCCUUUAAGCAUGUUUCAAGUGAGUCUGAUGAGAGUUGUAAGAAGCACCUUGGCCGAGUGCUCUCUAUUUGGGAAGAAAGGGCUGUUUAUGAAAAUGAUGUAUUGGAACAACUUAGGCAAGCUUUGUAUGGUGACAGAAAGGCCAGGAAGCGUACAUUUGAACAGAUAAAAGUUGAUGAAAAUAACUGUUCAGCACAAAGUUCUCCAAGUGACCCUCCACAGACUACAGAUCUCAUUAGAGCAUUACAAGAACUAGAAAAUGCAGCCUCUGGGGAUGCAGCAGUUCAUCAGAGGAUAGCUUCAUUGCCUGUAGAGGUCCAAGAUGUGUCCUUACUAGACAGAAUAACAGAUAAGGAAUCUGGAGAACAGCUUUCCAAGAUGGUAGAUGAUGCUUGUAUGGUACUGGCGGAUUACAAUGGCAGGUUGGCGGCUGAAAUAGAUGAUAGAAAACAAUUAACUCGAAUGUUAUCAGACUUUCUGCGAUGUCAAAAAGAAGUCCUUGCAGAAAAAGAGCAUAAGUUGGAAGAAUACAAGCGCAAGUUAGCCAGAGUAUCCCAGGUGCGAAAAGAACUCAGGUCACGCAUCCAGAACCUUCCUGAUCUGUCUCGACUUCCCAAUGUCACAGGCAGUCAUGUGCACCUACCAUUUGCUGGAGACAUCUACAGUGAUGAUUGAUUAUAAGAACCUCUAUUUCUAUAGCCUCUGCUCUUCUGUGGAGUGAGGGGUAGGUCAGACUGAUUGAUAGUCCUGUAGUAUUAUUUUUGUACAUUGUUGGAGAGUGGCGGUAAAAAAAAAAUAGCUCCAAAUAAUUUAUAAGAAUUGUUUAAAAUAUUGGUUUGUUUACUGUUUUAUUGGCAAGUGAACAUAUAGGUACAUUUAUAAAAGGUGGCAU